AUGACUAACGUGAAAAAAGUCAUGGCCCAUGGCAGCAUGUAUAUUCAGAAGAAAUACAAAGAAAUGCUACAAUACAAAGAAUCGGAUGAAUGUGUGAACGAUUUGUUAGAAAAAAAUUCUAUAAAGCUAAUAGCAAUCGAUAUUGAUGGUACCCUAGCUGAUGACUCAAGUAGAAUUAGUAACGUCAACUUAAAUGCUAUAGAAAUAGCGAAGAGGCUAGGUAUAAAGGUAAUUUUAGCAACUGGAAAAUUACAUAAUUAUGCAAUGGAAAUGUUUACACAGAAACAAAAAGAAACAUAUGGAAUUGAAAAAAUGGAUGGUGUAUAUUCCCAUGGUGCAUACUUAAAUAUCAAAGGAGUUGAUUACAUAUAUCGUAAAUUCAGUAUGAGAGACUUAGAGUUUAUUUUAUUUGCUUUGUCAAAUUAUAAUAUUUUAAAAUAUAGUCUUUUUAUAACACCAAGUAUUGUAUAUGUAUUUAAUGAUGACCCAGAGUUUAAAAAAAAACAAUUUACAAUUCAUGGACAAGGGAAUAAAUCCAAUUCGAAUAUGAAAAAUUUGUUAUCUUUAGAUAAACGUUAUAAGGCUGUUGUGUUAAAAAACAUUAAAGACAUAUUCAUGAUUGGUGAUAUUGUUUCUAUAGAAAUUUAUGAAAAGCUAUAUCCUACUGAUGAUGAACCAUUUAAGGAUCUCCACAAUGUCUUAUUUCCCGAGUUGGAUAAUCGAUUCAAGAUAUAUGUACCCCCAAAUAAAGAAAAACUUGUUCUUUCACCUAUAAACACAUCCAAGAUACAAACUGUUCAGUUGUAUGCACAGUUUUAUGAUAUUUCUUUGAAUCAGAUUUUAUCUAUUGGAAAUGAUAAUAACGAUUUAGAGAUGUUGGCUUCCACAGGAUAUUCAGUUGUUGUCAAGAAUUCCACCAAGCAGGCAUUAAAGGUGGCAAGAUGUAUUAGCACCAAGACGAACAAUGAGAAUGCCGUGGCCAAUAUCAUAUUCAAGGUUAUCACAGGAAGAUACGUAUAA